AAAAAGAAAACAAAGAGAACCGGAUAGACACUUCACGCAUGCGCCGUUUAAGUCUACGUCAGCUCUUUGCAUUUCUUCCGAGGUAAAGCUACGUGGCUGUUUACUCGUUCUUCUGUCUUCUCACCAGGCGCUUCAUCGAAAAUAGCCCUAAAGUCAUCAUGGAUCAAGUCAUGCAGUUUGUUGAGCCCAGCCGGCAGUUUGUGAAAGACUCCAUCAGACUCGUCAAGAGAUGCACAAAACCCGACAGAAAAGAGUUUCAGAAGAUAGCCAUGGCCACAGCGAUCGGGUUUGCUAUCAUGGGAUUCAUCGGCUUCUUUGUCAAGCUCAUCCACAUCCCAAUCAACAACAUCAUUGUUGGUGGUUAAAUCCGGAUCAAGCAAAAUGGGAAAAAUAUGGAUCUCUGGAGACAUGGUGGCUUCAUAGUGUUAUCGUACCGAUGUGAUGAAAAAAAGAAACAAAGAACAGCAUUUUUUACAUUCUGUUCUCAACAUUUAUAUUUCUCUGUAAAUAAAAUGAGUGAAAGCCAGAAA